GAAGCUCGUCUUCGCUCUGCGAUAGGAGAGACUUCUGAAGAGCCCCAAUCUGAAAAAGGAGUGAAAAAGAGAAAAAGGAAAGGCGACGAGCCCUUCCUCCGACCGUCAGAUCCGACUCUCGCCGGCGACCGCCAUGUCCUCCGCCCUCCGAUCCCUCGCCAUCCCCCUCCUCCUCGUCCUCCUUCACGCCAUUUCGCCGGCCCUCGCCUCUGAGUCAGAUCACCGGUAUCAGCCAGAUGAUCGAGUAAACCUCUGGGUGAAUAAGGUUGGGCCCUACAAUAAUCCUCAAGAGACCUAUAACUACUACAGUCUUCCAUUUUGCCAUGCAUCUGGGAAUCCUGCUCACAAAUGGGGUGGUCUUGGGGAGGUCCUUGGAGGAAAUGAGCUUAUCGAUAGUCAGAUUGAGAUAAAGUUCCGAAAGAAUGUGGAUAAAGCUACUAUUUGUCACCUCGAGCUUGACGAAGCAAAGGUCAAACAAUUCAAGGAUGCCAUUGAGAACAGUUACUGGUUCGAAUUCUUCAUGGAUGACCUGCCAUUAUGGGGUUUUGUUGGUGAACUGCAUACUGAAAAGGAUGGUGAUAGCAACAAGCAUGUCCUAUACACGCAUAAAAGGAUUACUAUUCAAUACAACAAGGAUCAGAUUAUCCACGUUAAUCUGACACAAGAGAACCCAAAACCUUUGGAAGUGGGAAGGACCUUGGACUUGACAUACUCCGUUAAAUGGGACUCUACUAAUAUCAGCUUUGCACACCGGUUUGAUGUUUAUUUGGACUAUCCUUUCUUUGAGCAUCAGAUUCAUUGGUUUUCCAUUUUUAACUCAUUCAUGAUGGUUAUAUUCCUCACCGGUUUGGUGUCAAUGAUACUGAUGAGAACUCUGAGAAAUGAUUAUGCAAAAUAUGCGAGGGAAGAUGAUGACCUGGAGAGUCUGGAAAGGGAUGUGAGUGAGGAGUCGGGUUGGAAACUUGUCCAUGGAGAUGUUUUCAGGCCUCCACGUAAUCUAGUCCUUCUUUCAGCUCUUGUUGGAACAGGCGCUCAGCUAGCAUUGCUCAUUCUCCUCGUUAUUCUAUUGGCUAUUGUUGGGAUGUUGUAUGUUGGGAGAGGAGCAAUUGUCACCACUUUUAUCCUGUGCUAUGCUUUCACUUCAUUUAUCUCUGGAUACGUGAGUGGUGGGAUGUACUCAAGAAACGGCGGUAAAAGCUGGAUAAAAUCUAUGAUCCUCACAGCGUCUCUGUUCCCAUUUUUGUGCUUCGGAAUUGGCUUUGUCCUCAACACCAUAGCUAUAUUCUAUGGGUCUCUGGCGGCUAUUCCAUUUGGCACUAUGGUGGUGGUUUUUGUCAUCUGGGCCUUCAUCUCUUUUCCUCUGGCACUUCUGGGUACAGUUGUAGGAAGAAACUGGAGUGGUGCACCGAACAACCCAUGUCGUGUCAAGACUAUUCCUCGCCCGAUUCCCGAGAAGAAAUGGUACCUAACUCCAUCUGUCGUAUCAAUGAUGGGUGGAUUACUGCCAUUUGGCAGCAUCUUCAUCGAGAUGUACUUUGUCUUCACAUCCUUCUGGAAUUACAAGGUUUACUAUGUGUAUGGCUUCAUGCUACUGGUGUUUCUGAUUCUCAUCAUCGUGACUGUGUGUGUGACAAUCGUCGGGACGUAUUUCCUUCUGAAUGCUGAGAAUUACCACUGGCAGUGGACAUCGUUCUUCUCUGCAGCUUCAACAGCAGUCUACGUGUAUUUGUACUCGAUUUAUUACUACCAUGUGAAGACUAAAAUGUCGGGAUUCUUCCAGACCAGCUUCUACUUUGGUUACACUCUGAUGUUCUGUCUCGGUCUAGGAAUCCUGUGUGGAGCUGUCGGUUUUCUGGGUUCCAACUUGUUCGUUCGCAGGAUCUACAGAAACAUCAAGUGCGAUUAGAGGGUUUCCUUGGAGGUCCUUGGUGGUUCCUCAAACAAAUCUGUUGUGGACAAACUAUAAAUUCAAGAAGCGGCGACUGUUUAAUGUUAUGGGGGAUGCCCCUACGAUGCGAAACGGGAAAAAGAGAAACCGUAGGGUUUACUGCUGGGGCUGUACUCUUCUUGUCUGUGGAUUCGGGUAAGCUCCAGGAAAUUUUUGUUUUAUACUGUAUCCCCACCCUUAAUUGAAGCAUUACCAUAGAAUGUAGAGACCUUUUUUUUUUUUUUUCCCUUUUUUCCCCCUUUAUUGGGUGAUCCAAAACUGUGGAGUUUUAUCGGAUUUUCCUUGCCAUUUUGUGCUUAAGAACGGGAGCCUCGUGAAGAAUGUGCUUAGUUUCUCUCCACUUGUGGCCUCUCUUAGUUGCCUCAUUGUGUCGUCAGUAAAGAUAUGCAUGGCUCCAAUACAGUUUGAAUAUUCCAUCUUUUAGACCCUCUAGUUAGUCGGAGCUCGGGCGCAGGAUAGCCUAUGAAGAAUGAUAAGUAAACCGUAAACUGGCAUUGUCAGAUUUCCUUAUUGACGGUCAAAUUUCUUGACAUGAUUAAUUGUGAAGCUAGGAUAAUUGUGGGUUUUCCGAACUUUGUUGAUCGGUUAUGGUCUCUUUUGAGUCUUGACUUGUUCUGGAUGUUUGUAUGACCAUAUCUUCAGACUGAUGAGUCAUAAUGAGAAGUGAUGUGCCUUUCGAGUCUUAA